CCAGCACCGGGGCAUCAUAGGAUCAUAGAUUCUGAGCUUGACGAGGCAUCCGAGAUCAUCUAGUCACCGCGAUCAGGGGAUGGUGUAUGAUUUCCCAAAAGGUGCAUAUUUCUCCAAUAGGAGUCCCCCUAAAAGAUGUGACUCCUAGAACAGUUUUGUGGCCCCCUUACAGGUGUGUCCAGCUUAGCCCUGCCCCCUUACCUGGGGCUCAGGUGCACAGACAGGAAGUGCGCUCCCCCUCCCAGGUGAGUGACUAAACUUUCCGGGUCACGUGAGCGGGUGGAGCCGGCUGGAAACUACUGAGGGACAGUAGGACUGACUGCCAGACUGAGGACCAGAGCUGAAAGCUGGCGCCAGUAGCCUGAGAUGCAAUAGCCACCGGAGGUCGGGAGCCAGGUCAGCCGAGGCAUAGGCCUGGUUCGGUUCCCCAGGGGCCCAUGGCGAGCAGCCCUGGCCUGGGCCUGUGCUUGGCACUGAGCCUGCAACUAUUGAACCCCCAGCCCUCCUUGGCCCAUAAUACUGGCUACUCUAGGGAUGAAAACAACACGACUGCCCCUUCCACAGCACCACCGGACAGCGGGGCCUUGUCCCAGGGUGCAGUCACUGCCAUCAUCACUGUAUUCUCAGUCCUGGGUAUCCUCCUCCUGGUAGUGGCACUGGGCCUGCUGGGCCGGAAGCUUCGUGAGAAACGCCAGACAGAGGGCACCUACCGGCCCAGCAGUGAAGAGCAGUUGUCCCACGCGGCUGAGGCAGCCCCAGGUCCCCAGGACUCGAAGAACAAGGCGUGGGGCUGGGUGUCCUGCUGGGGUUAGGGUGGGCGAAAAAGGUUUGGGCCCCCUUCCCCUUUGUGGGGAGGGGCAGAGACUUCUACUGAGCAUUCCGUCCCCCUCCCCAGGCUAUUUGAUUAACAUUCCACCCUCCCAGUGGCCACUUAACUCUCUCAGGACUAAUCUUCCCCUCUGGGUGAAUAAUAAUAGGUAUUUGAACUGAAAAGGAGGUGCUUGGAAAAGUCUUCUGCCCCUUCUGGAAAACCUCCCCCCACCUGCCUCCUUUCUCUGAAACUUCCUCCUCUCCCUGGUCCCUUUUUCCUCUCCCUUUCCAUUGCCACUACCUCCAGUUCCCUAGAACUGUCCCUGGGAGGGGCUGCUUGAUUUGUAUUUUUUAUAAAGAUGGUCAUAAGGUCAAA